UAAGUUUCCUUCAAAAAAAAUAAAAAUUAAUAAGUUAAAACACAAUGUUAGAAGAAGACUUUUCUUAAUUUGGCGUACCUUUACUUUUCUGCUACUACAGAGUACUUUACAUAAUACAUCCUAAGCCAAAACCAAGGUAAUCAUUUUAUUCCAAUAGCAUGAUACUACUCCUCAUCUUCCUUGCAACAAUCUCUCUUAUCUUUCUUCUUCAAAAACGAAGGAAGAAUGAAUCAUUUAAUCCUCCUCCUGGACCUAAAGGGCUUCCUAUUAUCGGAAACUUACACCAGUUCGACCCUUCAAAACCUCACAUCUACUUUGCUAAGCUAGCAAAGAUUUACGGUCCUAUCUUGACUACACGAUUUGGAACUACACCAGCUGUGGUGGUUCAAUCAGCCAAGACAGCGAAAGAGGUUCUUCAUACACAGGAUCUUAACUUUUGUUACCGCCCAUCAAUGAUUGCAACACAAAGACUAAGUUAUAAAGGGUUAGACUUAGCUUUUGCCCAAAGUUAUGGAUACUUCAGAGAAAUAAAGAAAAUAUGUGUUGUACAUCUUCUUAGUUCUAAAAGAGUGGAGUCUUUUACUCCGAUUCGACAAGAGGAAGUCUUGAGGAUGGUAAACAAGAUUUCUACUCAAAUUUCUUCUGGUUUAGAAACUGUUAACUUGAGCGAGUUGUUAAUGAGUUUUGCAAGCUCCAAUAUUUGCAGAAUUGCCUUUGGCAAGAGAAACGGAUCAAAACAUACGUGCUUCAUAGAGUCAAACAAACUUGACCUAGCGAGUAUGAUGAAGAUGAAGGGUCAAACAGGAGCAGAUUUCACAACCUUCUGAACGAUGCUCAGGCCAUGUUCACGGCCUUCUUCUUUACGGAUUAUUUCCCUUCCAUCGGGUGGCUCGAUAAGCUAACAGGACAAUCGUCGAGGCUUGAGAAGACGUUCACAGAGUUGGAUGUGUUUUAUGAUGAAAUCAUUAACGACCAUCUUGACCCAAAUCGACCUGUAUCUGAGACAGAGGACAUCAUAAUAAUUAUUUAUGCAGAGUUUUGAGCAUUUUAUGUGACAAUAAGAAACGAUAUAUCCUACUCCGAAAGCUUUGCCAUAAAGCAUAUAACAUAGCAGUACAUAUCCAAAAUACUGAUACAGUAAUAAGUGAGUUGUUGGUGUAGAAUUCAGAACUCCCAACUCCGAGCCAAAAAUGUAGCUUUUCAAAAAUAAACGUGAGCCAAAAAUGUAGUUAUACAAAAAUAAAGACUUAUACACAGAAAAUGAACAAGGCCUGAAUUUCAUUUUCAGAAAAUAUUACUGUAUCAAGUGCUUAGAUGAGCUGUCUUAUUUACUAA